AUGCUUGCUCAGCGUGCCUUCCAGGCGUCCUUGCGCCGCGCUGCCGGUCCCCGCGCCAUCGCUGCACCCGCCGGGAUCCUGAUGCAGUCGAGGCCCGUCGCGACCCAGAACAUCCCCGCCGCCGAGAGCAACUACAUUCUGGAGAAGCAGCGCUUGAACCGCCCCGUCUCGCCACACCUUGCCAUCUACCGCCCGCAGAUUACCUGGUACGCCUCCGCUCUGAACCGUAUCACCGGCUGCGUCGUCUCGGGUGGCAUGUACGCCUUCUUCGCCGCCUACGCUAUCGCCCCCCUCACCGGCUGGCACCUCGAGUCGCAGUCGCUCAUUGCCGCCGUCGCCGCCUGGCCCAUCGCCGUAAAGGUCGGCCUCAAGUCCCUCGCUGCUUUCACCUUCACCUUCCACUCGUUCAACGGCCUCAGGCAUCUUGCCUGGGAUUUGGCCAUCGGCAUCAGCAACAAGAAGGUCAUCCAGAGCGGUUGGACCGUCGUUGGCCUUACCGCUGUGUCGACAUUGGCGCUGGCAUUCUACGGUAACUAG